AUGUCUUCGACCUUUUCUUCUGCGGAAGAGAGCAGUUUGGAUCCGGGAGGUAAUUUUUUUUUGAUGUUAUUCUUCACCUAAAUUUAGGCAGAACCAUUUGGUGAUUGCGUAGAACAACUCGAAAUUGCGCGUGUAGCUGGGCAGUGGUGUCUGGUAGCUGAACAAUCUGACGGCUGAGUGUUUCCGCCAAGUUUAUUUGGUCGGAAAUACCAUUUUAGAUAUUGCUCAUAAGGAAAACAAAUUAUAGUUACCGCGCUGCGAAUAUUGCGGGAAAUGAAUGGAAGUUGCGUAAAUAGCUAGAGAUUGAAGUCUGUCGGUUUACAAAAUUUUCGGCCAUCGAUUUUUACCAGUUUUUUAAGAUUUAAAAUAUCAUUUUAGACAAUGAAGAAGAUGAAGAUUCCGAGGACCAACGACCAACAAUUCCGGCAAAGCGCGGUAGGCCGAGGUCGAAGUCAGCGAACGUCUUCUAUGCCCGCAUGUCCGCGACGCCGAGAAAACGCAGAAGAACUGACGAUCCAUGUCUUCUUGAUAUAGCAUCAUCCACCUCGUCUUCAACAGCUGGUGACUACUUCGACAUAAGUUUUCCGAAACGGGAACCGUUUGACCCAUACGAAGCUUUGCCUGGAGUGUCACCUUUCGAUCCGUGGGGGGAUCCUUAUCAGGAGCUUAGGGAUGAAUAUAUUAAAGUUGAAUAUUGCCGAGAGUUGGUAGAGCCAUAUGCACCACGGUUUGAGGCGCAACAAGACGCCAAGGCCCGUUUGAGACAAGUAUUCCAGGAGAGUUUUGUGACCAUGCCAGUCAUUCGAGCCGCCGAGCAAGCGGAGAGCUAUUGCAUGGUUUGCUGCUCUGAUUUGCUCGCGGGAUGUCCUCGCUAUUACGAUCGCAAGGUUUGUGAGUAAGUAUUUCCCUAUUUUUUUUUCUCUUUUUAGUCAAUUUCACGCGAAGUCAUCGAUUUUUUAUCGAUUUUCCCAUGGGAUGUCUAGUAUAAGUUUAAUACAGUGUAAUUAUAGAGAUUGUUUCAAUAAAAUGGAAGGAAUGUAUCUCAAAAUGCGUCCUAACGGUCCAAAGGACAUUUCAUCGAUUGCGAGAGGCGCUAUGGCACUGCUCGGUCAUCUCAAUGUUGCUCAUGAGGAGAUGGCACAGGACGGAGAGCCUCAAACUCUCCCAGUUCACUACGUUCCCAGUAUUGAAGAUGACGGAGAGCUUGUCGAGAGGGAGGUUGAGGAGUAUUUUGAUCGUCCAGGGAAUGCAUUCAACGACCCAAACGGCUGUGGCCGAUGUGCUUUAUACCGCAACGUUCCGAAUGGCUUGUGUUCGGCUUGCAAAAGUUACAGCAGUGAUGAGGAGGUUGAAUGUGUCUUCUGCAGGAAGAAACUCAUCGGGAACCCACGUUUUUAUUAUGGAGAACGGAUUUGUGGGUGAGUUUUUUGCAGUUUUUGUUUUUUCUUUAGGCCGACUUCUUGGAGAGAUGAUGCAACAUCGAUCUGAAGCUCUGCGGGAUUUAGAAAGUAUGCGUGUAUAAGAUCCGUGCCGAUUUUGAAAAAGCCAGUUAGAAAAUUAUAUCGCAUUUAUAAUUUUUUUGGAAAAUUCGCAAAAUUUUUGAAGGUAAAUUAACCGAAGUGCUUUCAGAAAGUGCCGUGCGGACCCAUUCGCCCUUAUGACACAAAUCAAACCCCUUCCGCCCCCUAGCGAGUCCAGGAAAAUGUCAAGAAGCAGCACCAGCACUUCUUCUCGAAACACCACCCCAGAAUUCAGACACGAACCAUCACCCGAAGAAGUCGAGAAAAUCAAGCAUGAACAAGAUCGAGCCAGAGAAGAACGCAAGCAUUUGCGUGAGGUCAAACGCGAAAACAGUUCGGAUUAA